AGAUUAGGUGGAUUCCUAAUGAAGCCAUCAUUUAUUUAUUGGAAGAGACAGUCUGAAGUAGAAUAUGAAUAUGUGGUAGCUAUAUUAAUUUAUCAUAUGUAUUUCUGUUGCUAAUUUCAUUCAAUUACGUUUUCAUGACAUUUUAGUACUUUUCUCCCAAACCCAGGGUUCAAGCCUAUAGCACCUUACAUGUUGUAGCCCCUGGAGCUAAUGGGACUACUUACAUGAAUAAAAGCUUUAACAUCAGCCUCCAAAAAUGGGAAGUAGGCAAAAAAACCCACAUUUACAUUUGAAUGGAAAGUAUAUUUUUUGUGCUCAUAUUGAUAAAAAGAGAGAGAGGGGCUCUUUCUAAGAGGGUAAAGGAGAAAAACUGCUACCAGCUUUUUUAAUUAAAACAGUCUUUAAGUCUGGGAGCUGUAUGUAUUGGUAAAGCUAGUUAAGCUGGUAGCAAGAUCAAAAUAACUAGCUUUUUUAAUUUUGAAAAGUUCCUUUUCAAAACUUUUAGUUAAAGCAUACACAAAAUAUGUAUCAGCUAUCAGAGUUCAAAGUGACAAGCCAGCACAGUCACAUUUAAUGCUGGCAGCCUAUUCUCCUAAAUCAUGACCAUUGGCACGCUCCAUUUUCACUAAGACUGAGUCUUAGUUUUAAAUUUUGUAUCUUGGGUCAGUUUGCAUUAUAACCUUAAUAUUAUUUUGAUGACAGAUUUUCAAAGGGCACAGUGAAUGUACAUGUAAAACUGCCUAUUCAUCUGCCCUACUGCAAAGCCAUGCCUGUUUUUCAGAUAUUAAACUAAAUCGAAUACUUUCUUUCAUCAGACGUUAUCAUGGAUAAUAUGCCACAAAGAAGUUCUGGAGCUAGUUGGGAGUAACAUGAACAGGAACAUAUAACUAAUUUGUAUUUUGAAUUUUUUAAAGUUUCAUAUGUUUUAAAUAGCUAAAUCAUUAAAAAAUAAUAAUGUUUUUAUCUUAUUCCUAAGGUGAUAACUUCAUUAUAUGAAGCAGGUUUUCAGGGUCUCACAAUUAGAGAAAUAAUUUAACUGUAAUUAUACAGGGGUAAGGGGUACAAGUACUACAACUUUAAUUCCCGCUUCCUGUUGGUAAAACUGCAUUCUUGUGAGAUUGUUUACCUGUUCCUCACUCUAAGGACUAAUGGAAACAAUGCCACCAGCUGCAAUCCUGGAGCCAGGACCCAUAUAUUUUUUUGACCAGCUGAAAACUAGAAAAAAAGAGCGGAGCAAGAGAAUACCAGCAGAAUGGCCGGCUGAUUUCCAUUCAUUCCACACACAUUCUCAGUGGGUAGGCUUAAUUCCCAGCUUGGUCAAAUGCAAGAAGACUGAUUGUAGAGAAGACUAUAUGGAAAGAAAUGAAGAUUCAUUUUUAAAAGAUGAUACUGAAAGAAGAGUGAAACAUCCAGUUGUGUGUCAAACAUCUGCCUAUUCCCUAUUCAAUACCAAGAGCGAGGAUCCCAACUCAAAGAUUUCUCAGAUGCCUUCAGUUCUUCCAGCAGAUGAAGAUACACAGCUGAGCCAGUUGGAUGAAUAUAGAUACACAGUUCUCCCCAUGUUACAGGAACUUGCAGAAAUGUUGCAUUUCUUUGCUAGUUAUGAAAUAAUUUUCCCUCAGGGACUUAUAAAUGUCCUGAACUAUAGCUGGAGAGAGCUCUCUGAAGGUGCUGAUUACAGCAAAUGGUGCCGGAAGUCACUAACAUGCGAAAGCCAAAGCCUGGGGAGAGGCCAAGCAUUGGAUGAAUAUGACAAAAUGGUUCCUAGGUCUGAGUGCAUAGGCUAUGAAACUGCUGAAAAUGCAAAAGUUCGUCAGCAUGAGAGUGGCGUUUUACAUGGUGCAAAGGAAAAAAAUCUGGAAACUGCAUCAAAUAGGACUCUAGGAAACAAAGCUCCUGUCGCACAACAUGCUACCCAGUUACCUAUCACAAUCAGUUUCUCACUAUCAUCCAAACACUGUGAGCAAAGAGGUUGGAUUUUUCAGUGUUCAGACUCAAAGUCAGAAGAUCUUGAAUGGAAAAUACCAUAUGUCUGGGCAGUGGAGAGACUGGGACAAGCACAGCAACAAAUAAAUGAUCAGCUAUCCAAGCUGAAAGCUGCAGGAUUUGACAAGCCAGUCAUUCUCCGCCACUAUGGUGAUGGUGGGAGAGAAACCUUCAACAAGAAAUUUAAGAGACAGACCUCUAAAACAUUCACAUUUGAGCUGCUGAAUGGAAAACCACAAAUACCAACAAUUAAGCAGAUGGACCCAGCAUGGAAAAAACUGCAUUAUGGGCUAAUUGACGGCUCAUCAUUGGUUUACUAUCCUUCUGAGCAUCUGGCAGCUUGCCAAAGCUAUUCUGAUCUCCCAGGUGGGGGUGUAUACACCAACAUAUUCAGUGACUCUCCCAGUCAGACCAUACUUGGAACCUUUACACCUUCUGGGCAUGGCAGUAUUUGCUUUUCUAACAGUAACACUGUAGCAAUGAUGUUUAAUCAGCAAGGAGGAGUGAUGACUAAUAAAGAUGGAAAAAUAAUCAGAAAAUGGAAAUGGCCUCGGGAGGGAAAGCUUAGUGAGCCAGUUAUAAUACAGGUUAAUGAAUACAUCACUGUGAGGAUUGCAGGGCGCUUUGCUAUUAACAUGAUCUACAAGUGGCAACAUGAAAUCGUGCGUUUGUCUUUGUCACCUGUACAGGGUGCGUCUCCUCCACAGUUAGAAGACCUGGGCCAGAUAGUCACCAGGAUUAAUUUUUCAUCCAAAUCAGCAAAAGACUUCUGUAAUGAAAACAGGAAAAAAUUAAAGGAGAAAGAAACAAAGGUUCUAAAGAAAGAAGGAAAGUUGGAGCUUGCAUACAUUGUUGCUGUGGCUGAUGCUGGAUUUGCUGCCACCAUGCUGUUGACAAGCCUUUGGGUAACUAAGACUGGGAUGUACAAGUAUGAUAUCCUGAGCCAAGGGAUGCUUAAGGCAGCUAACAGAAAAGCACUGAAAUCCUACUUAAUUCGCAGAUUUAAGGACUGCAGAGAGGCACCAAGUGAAGGCACCCGUGUGAGGCUGGGCCAUUACAAAGUUUGUCCAGCAGAGCUGUGUCAGCUAGCAGUGUGA